UAUGCAUGCAAGUUACCGAAGCCGGGGAGACUCUCUUACUGGUGGUGGUUGCUCUGAAUAUAUAUGAAAAGUAAAAACACACCUCUCCACCGACAAUUGGACCUUUCCUUUCCCCUAAUUGAUUCUGACCUUGUAAAUGGAGUUCAAUCCCUGGAGCUCAGAGAAGCCUGAAGAGACUACUGUGCAAUGGAGCUCAGAUUAUGAUCACCAAGUUUCAGGCCAGAUUAGGUCAUCGUAUCCAUGCAGCUUCUGCAAAAGGGGCUUCUUAACUGCACAGGCACUGGGAGGCCACAUGAACGUCCAUAGGAAAGACAGGGCCAAGCUUAAAGAAGAAGAAGAAGAAGAAGAAGCAGCAGCAGCAGCCUCUCUGCAGGAAUAUCAAACCCCAGUUUCUGCAGAGAAGAUUAACAAUAAUGAUAAUAAUAAUAGUAAUGAUCUCUCCGAUCAACAGUUCAGUACUGAAAGGCCUUGCGAUUCAUCUGGAGAAGACGACGCUGUGAGAAAGCUGAACUUGUUUUCAGAGACGCCAUCAUCAUCAAGGGGUAAGGUAGAGGCUGCUAAACCAGAGAUGAGACCUGGUUCGAGCAAAGAGGAUCUGGACCUUGAGCUUCGGUUAGGAUUCAAGAGUCGCCAGACAUCAUCGAGCUCAGAAAUGAAGCCCUAAAAUUCGAGGGAUGCCGGAUACAAGCAAUUUGAGCUGGACACUUGUGGGCUUGGUCUUGGGCCUCGGGGCUCGGUUAAAUGCUUUGAGUAGUGUUGACCUUGUAUACUUGGCCGUUCUAGACUUGAGAUUAGGCUUAAACAGGCUUUCAUUACAAGGCCUAAUGUUGAAAGGUACUGAUGUUUAGUCAGUCGGGGAUAGGGCCUACAUCUGGGCCGAGGCCCGGAAAAAUAUAGUGUUUUAUUGGUAAUAUAUGAUGAUUGUAUUAUUCGUGUAAAAGAAGUGUUGUUAAUUUCUUGAAAAUAAAGUGUCAAAACUGAGUAUCAGUCUAACAUUACUGAAUCCUUUAUAAUCCAAA